AUGCACGGCCUCCUCAUCUGCUCAGCUCUGUUGAGCGCUCUCACCGGUAUCACCGCUGCACCAGUCCAGGACUCUGCCGGGUCUUCCAACGGUACCGCAGUCGCUUCGGGGCAAGUUGCGUUCAAGUUCCCACUUUCGAAUGGCUUUCCCAACAUCAAGAACCCCAGUGCUGAACUUCGCGCUAUUGAAGAAGCUGCUGUGGGCAUUCUGCCAAACGCACCUUUGUCCAAGCAUCUCGCGUCCGCUGAUGUCACGAACUUCCAGCUCAUUGGCUUUGCUCAGCUCUUCCAGGUCGCUUACUACACUUCGCUAUACAACAACAUCACUCAGAAUGUCCCUGGCUAUGACGUUCCUGCCCAGAUCAAGCCGUUCUUCAUCUCUGUUCUGGAAAAGACCAUUGCUCAAGAGGAGCUCCAUCUCCUGAGCGCAAACGCUAUCCUCAGGGCUGCUGGGCAGGAGAUCAUCCAACCUUGCCGAUACGUUUUCCCUUUCGACAACUUCUUUGCUGCUCUUGAUUUUGCCACAAUCUUCAGCGACGUCAUCAUUGGUACCUACCAGACCUUCCAAACUACUCUCGCUUUGAACGGUGACAGUAACGACAUCGCCUUGUUGGGAUCUAUCAUGGGAUCCACCGCCGAGCGCAAUGGUUAUCUCCGCUCUCUCCUGGGAGCUAAUCCUGCCGAGCUUCCCUUCCUCUCGAUCUCUACUGGUCCGUGGGCAUACGCUGCUCUCACUCACCACGUCAUCGUCAAGGACUCAUGCCCAAACGCCAACAUCAUCAACGUGCCCAGCUACGGAGACCUCUUUCUGACCAACUCAUCGCCCAACGUCUCUCUGACCACCACCGAGCUCGCCUUUGCUUUCAUCAACAACGGCAAGAAGCCUGCUGAUCUCCGCCUGGUGUACACCAACGCUCAGAACGUGCCAAUCGCCAAGAAGCUCGAGAAUGUCAAGACGACUGGUAACUUUGUGUCUUUCACUGUUCCUUUCGACUACAGCAGCACGAUCAUGAGCGGUAUGACUAUGUGCUGGGUCGCUUCCACGUCUGGUGACUUCUCGUCUGCCAAUGGAGUCACUGCGGCCAGCCUGUUCGGUCCUGCUAUCUUGAACAUCAAUUAGCGUGGGAGAGCCGAUCAUUCUGCAAGGGUCUUUGGGGCUGGAUCCGCAUUUGCGAUGCGCGACUGGUAGUCAUAUUAGUGAGCCGCUGUGCGAGAUGUUUCCAAUCACAAACAUCAAGUCGUCCUACUACUGGCUUGCACUUCGAUAGUAAUCACGGAUUGUCUCAUCUUUGUAUUGUACACACAGAAAUAAAUCUAAUUCCAUGGUUCGAGA